AUGGACAGACAAGCGCAGCAGCCACUGCAACAGACGCAACCACUGCAACCGCUACAGCCGCAGCUACAGCCGCAGCCACAACGUCCGUCACAGGGCGAGCAACAAGGCGAUCAACAGGGCGAGCAGUAUGGAGUGAGACAAGGCGUUCGAAGCCACUCGCAAUACCAAGAACUACAACGACCACUCUACGUGAGCAAUACCCUUGAUGGACAACAGCCACGACGACAAAGAGAGCAGACUACGCAGCCACAGCACUGGCACCCGCAGACGCAAACACGACCGCCGGCGACCGCGUACCGCGAGGUGACACCUUUCCCUCAGCAACCUACAAACCGAGUACCUGACAGACCCCUUGGCCUACCACAUGACCCGUACAAGACGCUACCGCCGCGAUGGUCCCGCAACGAUCGACUCGACGCCAAUAUGAUCACACAGUUCUCUAAGCUAUGGGACAAUAGCAACAAGUAUACAGGGAAUGCGUACGAUCUCCUAGACGAUACGAUCAAGAUCUUCUUCAGCAUCUGCUGGCAGGUAGAUAUCCAAGAAGAGCAGUUUCACGCAGUGUUUCCCCGUAUCCUUACCGGGCGGGCAGAGACGUUCUACAUACAGGUUGUAGAGAGAGAUGACAGCUUUGCUGAUGCGUACAUGGCAAUCAAAAACCACUUCGACCAUGACGUCCAUCACCAGCACUACUACACAGACUGGACGACUACAACCUUCGCUCGCACCCGCACAGAGAACCCCGACAAGGGACUACACGAGGUUCUGCAGAUCCUGCUUGACAAGCUGCAACUAUGCCAGCGUGCCCUUGGCAAGAACUUUGAGGGCGAGGAUGCCCUACGUACCACUGUCAUCAAUGCCUGCCGAGGAGUACCAGAGCUUGAGAUGGCACUGUUCAAACCAGCCACAAUCUGUGAAGGACUCUUCUCAGACCUACGUUCUGCAGUUGAGACACACCUUGCACGGCAACACACUGCCCAGAUGGUCACAGAGGACCAAUACUACUUAGAUCGCCGAUACAACGGCAAUGGAAGAAUCCGAGGGGGAUCUCGAGGUGGAGGAGGAUUCAGAGGCGGAUCCAGAGGAGCAUAUCGAGGAGGCGAGCAGCGCGACGACAACGGAAGAGGAUUCAAACCACGCUGGAGGAAGAAAUGCUUUGUUUGCCAGAAGGAAGGAUGCUGGUCUACCGAUCACACAGACGAAGAGCGCAAGGCUGCCCGUACACAGUUCUUCUCUACGCUAUACUUUACAGGUACACAGCCCCCUAAGGACUUCUCCGUACAUCUUGCAGAAUACGAAGGGAUUGAGCACACUAGCCAGUACAAUCAGAGAGGCUGGAGAGAGGAGGAUGACUGCGAGGAUGACGACGAUGACGGCGACACUGGCGAUCGGCAAUACUUUGAACACCAAUCUGUGUACCAAGGGAUCCUACCGGAUACAGGCGCUGCCAACGUAUCCACAGUCGGCAAGGAGCAGUACCUUGCACUCACAAGGGAAGAUCCCACAGUUAGGAUGGAUACGUCUACAGCAGGAAAGGCAUCUAUCAAAUUCGGCAAGGGCGAGGCUACAUCAUCUAUUGGCACUGCACAGGUCUCUACAGACAUUGGGACGAUCAACUUUGAGGUGCUUGACGCACCUACACCAUUCUUAUUGUGCCUUGCAGACAUGGACAGGUUAAAGGUCUACUUUAACAACACCACAGAUGAGCUAGUCCAGGGUGACGUACACAUCCCUGUAAUUCGCAAAUGGGGACAUCCUUGGUUCCAUCUAAACAAGAGAGAGAGAGCAACUGUGUUCCUAACAGAGACAGAGUUGCGACGGCUCCAUCGAAGAUUUGGACACCCAGCUGUCACGCGACUUAUUAAGCUCUUAAAGGAUGCUGGCCAUAACGACUUCGAAGAAAGAACCCUAGAAGAAGUCACUAAGUUCUGCCACCACUGCCAGCUCCACAGCUCCGCGCCGCGCCGAUUUAAAUUCACUCUCAAGGAUGAUCACCACUUCAACUAUGAGAUCCUAGUGGACGUGAUGUACUUGAGUAACAAACCUGUACUGCAUGUGGUCGAUUCCUCAACAGCGUUUCAAGGCGCGAGGUUCCUCAGCGCUAUCUCAGCUAAAGAAACAUGGCAAGCACUGCGGAUACUAUGGAUCGACACCUACCAGGGACCACCCGACAUCAUCACGCAUGAUGCAGGUACUAACUUCGCGAGCGCAGAGUUCCGCGCAGAAGCAAAGAUCAUGGGAGUCACAUGCAAGCAAGUACCUACGGAGGCGCACUGGUCUAUCGGCAAAACUGAGAGGUACCAUGCCCCUCUACGCCGGGCAUGGGACAUACUUCAUGCAGAACUCACUGACACUAUGUCCGACGACGCGAUUCUCCAGAUGGCUCUGAAGGCUGUUAACGAUACUGCUGGCCCUGAUGGACUAGUCCCGACGCUACUAGUCUUUGGAGCGUACCCACGAAUGACUGCAGAGUCACCGCCAUCACCAUCAAUGGUCAAACGCAGCGAGGCUAUUCAAAAGGCGACGAAAGCCCUGCGCAAACUCACUGCAGAGCGCCAAGUUGCAGACGCCUUGAACACCCGCAAUGGACCAGCCACUGCAGACAUGCUCGCGCUCCCACUCCAGAGCGAAGUCUUAGUAUGGAGAGAGAGUGAUGGCUGGAAUGGCCCGUACAAGAUCGCCAGUACAGAUGGCCACAACAUCACUGUCGACAUGGUUAAUGGUCCAGCGACAUUCAGAUCAACUGUCGUUAAGCCAUACUACAGACCAGACCACCUGUGGAGCGACCCUGAUACGCCACACGCGCCGAAUGAGCCGAAUGAGCCGCACGAGCCGAUAGCAGUACCUCCGGCAGCGCAACCACGCAGGAGAGGCCGCCCUCCAGGAUCAAAGAACAAGCGCAAGGGGCACGCGUACAUCACCAAGAAGGAGCAGGACGAUCUUGAGCUAGCUAUCAAGCUACGUACCGAUGGAGUGAUCACAACCGCAGGCGCCCCCUUUGAAGCGUCUGAUGACCAAGAGAUCAGCGACCUCGUAGGUCGUGGAGUCUUCAAAUUUGAGCAAUACGACGAGAGGCUACACAGCAAGAUCCGGAUCUUCAAGUCACGCCUAGUACGUGAGGUCAAGGGAAAGACAACUAAACCUUAUGAGAAAUCCCGUCUGGUCAUUCAAGGCUACCAAGACCAUGGCAAGGAGACUAUCUUGACGCAGUCGCCAACCAUCCAGCGAUGUAGCCAGCGCCUGAUCAUGUCGCUGGCGCCUGGGCUAGUACAAAGCGGCAUGAGCGUUGAGCUACGUGAUAUUACGCAGGCAUACCCACAGGCUCAGACAACACUGAAGAGGACGAUACUUGCACACCUUCCUACGGAGCUGGUACAUCGAUACCCAAGAGGCACGCUACUCCAUGUGAUCAAGCCGCUGUAUGGAAUCGCUGAGGCAGGAGUCCACUGGUGGACAACGUACCACGGGCAUCACUGCAAGGAACUGGACAUGUCAACAUCUACAUACGACCCAUGCCUGUUGAUCACGAACAGCGACGACGCAGACAUCUUCGGCAUCGUUGGCAUGCAGACAGACGACACUCUCAUGCUCGGGACACCAGCGUUCUCGUCACUUGAAGAGAAGAAGAUCCAGAAGGCAGAAUUCAGGUCAAAGCCAAAAGCAAGACUGACACUAGACGUGCAAUUAGACUUUGACGGAUGUACACUUACGAUAGACGCUAGCCAAGCCUUAAACCUCAGGCAGAAAGGGCAAGGAGGAAGGAUAAGGCUUGUCGAUGUUAAGGCACCGGACCGCGCGCAACAGUACACAGAGCAGCGCGCCCGCGGAGCGUACAUCGCAUCAACGUGCCAACCAGAGGCAUCAUUUGACCUAUCCGUCGCGGCUCAAGCUCAGCAACCAUCAGACGAGGACAUCAAGGCACUCAACAAACGCCUGAAAUGGCAGAUGGAGAAUCUCGAUCGUGGCCUGCGCUACGUCACUGUCAAUCUCAUGGAGGCUAAGUUAAUGGUCUUUGUAGAUGGCUCCUUUGCCAACAACAAGGACCUUAGCUCACAGCUAGGCUUUGUCCUUAUGCUCGUUAACGAGUCUAUUGACGCCAACACCUUCACAAUACAGGGCAACGUGAUCCACCACAGCUCUACGAAGUGCAAGCGCAUCACACGGAGCGUACUGGCCUCAGAGAUCUACGGCAUGGUCAACGGCUUUGACAUAGGCAUUGCGGUUGCAACCACGCUAAGGAUAGUUACAGAACGACUUGGACUACCUGCAAUUCCCUUAGUUAUCUGUACAGACUCGUACUCCUUGUACGAGUGCCUAGUAAAGCUUGGGACGACGAAGGAGAAGCGCCUUAUGAUCGAUAUCAUGGCGCUGCGCCAAUCAUAUGAGCGUCGCGAGAUCACGGAGAUCCGCUGGAUCAAUGGCGAAGACAAUCCUGCAGACGCCUUCACUAAGGCAUCGCCAAACCGCGCCCUUGAACGCUUCAUCGACAACAAUGAGCUGACAGCCCGAGUGGAUGGAUGGGUACAGAGGCCAACAAGCUCUGAGACUUAA